UUUCGGAAGAAACCCCUAGCCAGCCUGUCGGGCGUUGAACCUCACGAUGCCCAGCAAAUCCUGAACGCCGAAAAUGCAUCUAGCCAGCGAGGUGUCCUCUACCACGGGCCACUACGACCGCACGUACCGAAACCUGACCGCGGAAAUGCUGGCGGAGCGCACCAUAGACGGCCUCCUUGCGGAACACCCGGGCGAGCUGAUCAGGACCGGCUCGCCGCACGUCGUCUGCACGGUACUCCCGCCCCACUGGCGGUCCAAUAAGACGCUGCCGCUGGCUUUCAAGGUCGUGGCUCUAGGAGAUGUCGGAGAUGGCACCGUGGUGACCAUCAAAGCAGGGAACGAUGAGAACUAUUGCGCGGAGUUGAGGAACUGCACGGCGGUGAUGAAGAACCAGGUGGCCAAGUUCAACGACUUGAGGUUCGUUGGGAGGAGUGGUCGAGGCAAAAGUUUCACGCUGACGAUCAUCGUAUCGACGUCGCCUCCCCAAGUGGCCACCCUCAGCAAGGCGAUCAAAGUGACCGUGGACGGACCGAGAGAACCGAGAUCGAAGACGAGACAGCAAGGUUUCCAUCAUUUCCCGUUCGGACACAGACCGUUCGUACCUGAUCCUCUCACUGGCAGUUUGCCAUUCAAGUUGAACGGAAUUGCACACCAUCUUGCUGGUCUACCGGGUCCUCCUCCAGAAUGGGCAAUGUUAGGCGGAAGGCACUCCUACCCUCAUGGUCCAUUCAUGGGUCACCAUCACCCUCACUUCCCACAUCAUAUGUUUGCUGCUUUGGACCGUCCAGUCAAUACUUCUCCUAAGAUAGCAAACGAACCAUCAUCAACUUCAUUGGGCCCAAUAUCAAUCAACUGCAGCACAGCCCACAGCACAACCUCACCAAAAACCUCACCCAACACUCAAGUGGGUCUUCUCACCACUGCAGAAGCACCACAAUCUCCCCAAGAAGACGACAUAUCUGUCACCGCAUCACCCACUCCGUCACCGCAACCUCCACCAGCGUUUCCAGGCUUCCCACCACCUCAGAAUCUUCACACCAGUCAGCUCUUCAACAACGCACUGGCUGCCAGCUUGUUCUUGAACAACCCUCUACUGCCACCUACAGGCCAGUGGUUCUACUCGCAGCUGUACCCUCACGAUUGGAGUUGGAUGAAUUUGAGGAAUAACUCAUUGCUUGCCAGGGGUUCUCCUCAAGAAGAUGUAUCCCAGAAUCCGGACAGUUCUAGUGAAAAGCUGGAUGUAACUGAAGUUGACAAUGACGUUAAGGAUCUCAAGGAUUUCAGUGAAACGUUCAAGGAGUCUGUUGAGAAAGAUAGUGAUAAAGACAAAAAUACCUUUGAAGGUGUUAAUUUGAGCAUGAAACUUAAGAAAGCUGCGGUUACUCUGGUGAGGCAAAAGGACGAAGUUAGUUCUAGUGAUAGGGAUAAUUCGAAGGGUUCUAGGGAUAGCAAUAGGAAUGUUUGGAGGCCAUAUUGAGUUCGUGAACAGUGAUUUCUGAUGAAUUUUAUAAUCAAAAUAAAAAAACAAUAAUUUAAUUCCACACAAGACCCAGUAUUGCAAAAGGAGAACAUACACAAACUCUCCCAAAACAAAAACCCUUCUAGUUUUAACUCCGUCAUAUUUCGUCCGAUCUCGAGAAAUAACGACAAAUUAUGAUUUAGAAUGACAUAACAACAUGAGCCAAAUCAUGGAAAUGAUUAUUCUUCACUUAAUGGGUUCAUAAUAUUUUAUCGAAUUCAACGAAACACACAUGUUUAUGAUUGGAUAAACAUUUUGUGGAUACAUGAAAAUCUUCUUCAAGUUCAAAUUCUAACUGGAAUGUAUCGCAUUGAUCUAGAGUUGUCUAUGUGGAGAAAAGAUUGUAUUUAUUUUGGUUCUCUAAAUCGGAUGAUCCAGGCGGAUUCACUGUAGAGGCGUGAAUUUAUAUGAUACAGCUUAAUAUCUGUAUCAGUUGAAAAUGAUUUACCAUUAUGCAAUUGUCUUCAAUCCUUGAAUUAGAAUAACAACACUUAUUGUGUUGUUUCUAUACUGACGAUUGAUGUUUCCAUUAAACGAAUGGUGAGUUGAGUAAGUAACCAGGAAAAAAUGUGAAUUGUAAAUUGGACAAAUACUGCAAUUUUCAUUCACUAGAUUACUGGGAUUAUCUCUGCUCGUCUCUAUAAGUUAUAUAUAUAAUAUAUGCGCAGGACUUCAGGAUGUUAUAGCUCGUUCAAAUGUAUGAAAAAAAAUCUAUUGACUUACCUUCUUGAAUGAACUAUUUUAGAGAUACAGGGUGUUGGAAUUGAGUGAAAAAUCGUUUUCUGCGAAUAUUUCUAGAACCGUUCAUCGCACAAAAAAUUGCUUUUGUAAGCAUUUUGUUCUCAUAAUGAGCUAUGUUUUGGUGGGAAUGUUUUUUAUUUUCAGGUCAUAAUUGGUGAAGAUUUUGAAGGGGUAGUAAGUGUUUGCCUCCCCAACUUCUACGCCACUGGAAAUAGUACAAUUUUGAGCAACCCAUUUGAACUGCCAAUAUUUCCUACACAAAAAACUUGAUCUUGGUCAAAUUUUCAAUUUUCGAAAAAAAAUCAACUUUUAUGUUGAAAAUCAUAGUAAAUUUUUUUUAACAUCAUGAUUUGCUAUUGUUUUGAAUCUGUUCAAUUGUGUGAUAUGAAGUUUAUCUUUGCUUUCGGUACUCGUUCUGAAGUUUAUAUAGGGUUUGUUCAAUUGUUGAAAGAAUUGUUUCCAAAAAUCUACCAUGACUCUCAACAUGAAAGUUGCUUUUUCUCAAAAACGGUCAACUUCAGAGGUUAUGACCACAAGUAUCUUUUUUGUGUAGAAAACAUUGUUCGAAUGGGUUGCUCAAAAUUGUACUUUUUCUAGUGGCGUAGCAGUUGGGGAAAAACAUCCACUGACCCUCAAAAAUCUCCGAAAAAUAUGACAAAAUAAAAUUAAUUCCGCACGAAACAUAGCUUAUUAUGAGUAGAAAAUGCUUACGAGAACUGUUUUCUGAUUGAUAAACGGUUUCAGAGAUAUACGCAAAAGACAAUUUUUUUUUUCGAAUUUCAACACCCUGCAUAUCGAAAAAUAAGAACUUUUUUUAAAUAUUUUUUGACGAACUAUCAGAUUCUGAAUUCCUGCGCAUAUAUCAUGAAACACCUUGUAUAUCGGUAUUUUUCCAAUAUAUCUGUAGAAGGUAUAGAUCAGAUCAGGUCAUUGCGCAUGGAAUUUCACUAUAUAUAGCCAGUGACACGUUGUUUGAAAAAAAAAAUGUAGGUGUUUUAAAAAAAUAUAAGAGAUCAGACUAAAGAAUCAUCAGCAGAUUUUUUCAACAUUUUUCAUACAAGGUCUCACUGACUAUCUUUCUUUUUUUGGGAGGAAAUUCCAAAAAUCUGGAGAAAUGAAUAUUCCAUCUCUUCUAUUACCCUUCAGACAGUUUUUAACUGUGAUUUUAUUCAAAAUAGAAAUCCUUCUGAACAUGAGUUUUUCUUUCAGCUUCACUUUUCAGAUAUAUGAAAUAAAUAACGCUCGAUGAGCUUUGGUAAAACAGAACAACUGUUUUGAUUUCUGAGAAAAAACUUGUGCUCUCAUCACAAAUAAUAUUUCUCUCUUGGUGUAUACAAACUCAUUUCUCAACAUAUCCAGAUGUCGAAUGAAUUAUUACCUAAGGAUGUGGAAUCACAUUGUAUUCAGAUCCGGAAUAGUUUUCCAUCAUGUGUCAAUAAUGAGGAAAAUUGGAAGGAGAACUUUCUUUCCACUAUCAAGACCAAUAUCCUUAAACCUUGUAUACAGUGUUGUCGUGAUAAAUCGUACUAGUAUGUUGAUUAUUGAACAUUUUGUAAAUAUAAAAUAAGUGUAAAUUGUUAUUUUUAUCAUUCAUUUUAUGUAGAAAUUUAUGUUUGUGAAUAA